AUAUGGCAAGGAUGAUCCUUGCGCCUUGCAAGGCAGCGGAGCAAAAUCGGCUCUACGACAAUCCCCCAUCUGACCCAUCUUGCUCCUGCGAGACUUGCUCACGCCGCCCCCGCCUGCCAACCCCGCCAGCGUGCAAGUGCAGUGGGUGCGUCCCUGAAGAAGGUCAGCUACAGCCCACCCGUAUGAAGAAGUGAGCUCCUGCUCCGAAAGGCACGAAGCUCAGCAAGUCGAUGGUCCUUGUGGGCAAGGCGCGUCUCUGUGCCCUACGCGAGGAUCUGUACACUGCUGCGCCUGCUCUAGAGGCGACCCUCUUUCCUGCCGUCCUGUACCUCCCAGACCCUGUAAUUACAAGCAUACUCGAGUCGUUCAAGACUCUCCAUACACAGCAAGAUCUCGCCCAUCUGAUCGCCGGCAACUCCUAUGUCGAGCGACAAUGCGACAAGAUCUGGGAGGUCAUUGUCGAGCUACGCAGUGUCUUCGAGACAAUGGCGAAGGACGAAGAUCGCGAACGCGCGAUACGCAACUUGCUCAUUGACGACGAGCGAGUCGGUGAGGAGCCUCAUAUUGACGGAGAUGGGAUCAUCAACUCCGAGAACGAGAUCCAGAUGUCGCAGGAGCUCAGUCCACGCCCUGAAAGGCCAGUUUUGAAUGCGAUCGAGAACACUUCACAUGGGGAUCAAGGUCGGGCCAUCAACAUCUCGCUGGCCCAGGGACUCGGGUGCGAAACAUCGACGCAUGCACGGCGAGCAUCGACUGAGGCUGUACGGCGACUUGCGUCGCCCGAGGCGGGUCGGCGAGCGUCACCCAAGGCGGUACGGCAAGCAUCGCCCGAGGCGGUACAGCGAGUGUCGCCCGAGGCGGUACAGCGACUUGGACUGUCGCCGCCUGAGACAGUACAGCGAGCGUUGCCUGAGGCGGUACAGCGACUCGGAUCUCAGUCAGUUUCUCCGGAGCCACUCGAAACUGCGCAGUUAGAAACAUUCGUGGCAAAUGAUGUCUUCCGUGCAGGACUGCGACAUGAAAGGUGAGUGAAUCAUUCAGAGUGCGAGGAGCUCCAUCAGGAAAAAAGUUUCUGGCCCAUUGCAGCCAGCCAGUGCUACAUAGCCCCUGUAGACGCCAUAGCAUGAUGUAGCAGAGCGCUCGUGCAUCAUAGCUCUGUAUAGUCUUCAUUGACUUCGCAGCACACACCAUAGCACGAUACACUCAUGUCUUCUAUCUAUAUUACACGAAGCAUACUAAUAGUAUUUAUGUUCACUAUAACGACUCUGGGCUAUAAUGCAUGAGACGUGGAAAUUUGAUUUAUUGACCAUGACGGUGGGGUGCUGCUAGGUAUUACGAAUACUGUAUGAAUCCAACCAGUCUUACCCCUUCGCCUGUCUCACCCGCUCGUCCUCCUUCGCCUGCUCUCCCUCGCCCGAUCCGCCCGCCUUCCCUUG